GUUAGUCUCAGCACAGCCGCAACGGAGUGUGCACGCGCCUUCAGAGCUAGAGUUAAAGUUAAAGUUAAAGCUAUAGAAAACUGAGCUACAUUUACCAACAACCGCCAAAAGCUUCGAACAUCGAACAAGUUUUCCAGUGAAUGCGAAAAUUAAUCUUUUCCAAAUUCGAUUCAAAGUUGUGGCGGCGAACGGAAAAAACGGCAAUCACACAAACAAGUUGAAAAAUUGUCAAUUCAAAAUUUUUGCGUUUGCGUUGUUCUGCGUUGAAAGUGAUCGAUAACGAAAUCGAGCGAUAACGAGUUUAGAAAUAGCGAGUAUCGAAAUUAUCAAACUGAAUUUAAACUAAUCGAAAAAAACCCAAAGUGACACUGAUAACCUUCAAUUUAAAAAUAAACUCAAAGUAGCCCAAUCGAAGCCACCAGAUAUACGAAAAAAAAACCCAAAAAUAAAACCAAUUGAAUUUCGAUCAUAUCUCCCACUCACACUUUCGUUCACCUGGUCAAAAAUGGAUGCGCCCAAGCAGAUGCAGGACUAUUGGCACAUUCCCCGCGCCUCGCUGGCCUCUUCCUCGAGCUCGGCCAUCAGUUCGGCGAGCUCCUCCAAGUCCUCGAACAAAUCACACUCGAAUCCGCCCACCCUGAACCAACGUAGUUCGCCCAGCAACAGUAGCAAUACUAACAACAAUAAUACAAGUGCCGCAGUGACGGCCGCAGCAGCGGCAGCAGUACUGGCGGCCGCCAAGCGGGGAUCGAGAAGUUCGCAGGGCUCCAGCGACAGCAACAACAGCACACGGAGCGCUGCUUCCGGCUCACUGCUGUUGACGGCAGCGAAUCUGGAACGCUUUGCGGAGAUCCACAAGAAGCAGGAGCGGCACAACAAGAUGCUGAUGCCCAGCAAUCCCUCGUCGUCCAACUACAAUGCCAACCUAACGCUCGCCAGCGGCAAGGAUGCGGUGAUCGCCAUCGAGGGCCAGCCGGAAGAUGUUGAUCCCAAUUUGCAGUAUGUGAAAACCAAAGACCUGGACACCGUAUCCAUCGCCAGCUCCAUGCACUUCACGAUGGUCAAUGGGGAGGGUGGUCCGCCCAAGAAACCGAAGCGCGGUCUCUGCGAUCGGGGACGCCAGGUCACCGUGUUGAUUGUGAGCAUGAGCACCAUCUUUAUGCUGCUCAUUAUGGGAAUGGUCUAUGCGCUGGAGAUGCGCGCCCGUGACAUGCCCAAGAGCUAGGACUCAAUCUUUCUGCCUAGCCAAUUAGUUUAUUAUUUAUUGUAUUGUCUUUGUCCCCCAUUAUUAUUAUUAUUGUUAUCGUGUCGUCUUGGCGCUAGUUGUGUAAGCUAUUUAUUAAACGAUUGUUUGGAUGGAGAGUCGAGUCAGUCGAAGCUGGGAAAUUUCAUUAGUAUUAAGCGCGCUAUGCUACGGAGACAGAGAAAUAUACAAGGAACUAGAUCUGGAGCGGAUCGGAUCGGAAUCGCCGCCUGGCAUCGGAUAAUGCUGUACUUUCUGGUUAGCAAUUAAGUUAUUUAUCCCUGUGAUAUGUUUAAUA